AUGAACCAAUUAAAACCACAUUGAUACAGUUUUAUUCUUUUUAAUCAAGUUCUAGAGAAAUAUUGCAGAAUAGAAAAUCAUCUUUUUAACCCCAAAACUCCUCUAGGAGAUCCACAGGGCAGGGCUGCACUGCACCCCCAAACUGAGGAGAACUGGGAGCAAAGGAAACCCAGACUGAGAUUCCCGGGAGAUUGGUGCAGCUUCUGCCAGCCAGAACAAUCCUUGGUCUGAACACCUGGGAAUGCCAGGAACCUGGGGCGUCAUCAAUAUCCUCAGGAGCCUUUUUAUUAAAAGCAGAUUUCCACGAGAAUGAACAAAAUUACAGAAAAUGAAACGGAAAUGUAAAGGAACAGCUCCCCCAGCCCAGCAGGCUGCAGCAGCCAAAAGAAAAUGAACAGAAAGAUUCUGGAUUGGGACCAUCACCAGUCUCAAAUCCCUCGUGUGGAAUAGCCUCUGCUUUGCUUUAUGCAUCACCACUCCUCUUAGUGGACAAACCCUUCCAAUUCACCAGGUUCCCAACCGUGGCCACCAAGAUUCAGCUGCACCGUGUCCUGGUAGGAACAUCAAGUGGUACAAAUGCAGUGUGGAGCAGGAAAAGAAUUAGGAUCAUUUCUCUUCUCCAAUUCCAGUUUUCUCGGUGAGGUUGGGAAAAAUAAGGAGAAUUCAGUUUACACAAGAAGACUGAAGUCUGUUUUUAAUGACUGGCACACAACACACGUAGGGAACCAUCUCCACCUGUCUCAGCACAGGCAGACCGUAAAGGGCAGAAUGGAAUCUUGGAUAGAAAGGAUCAGGUGCCUUUUGCCACGGUGGCAUCCCCCAGGGGGCGGCAGUGUAAGCACAGCUCACAGGAGAGGAGAGGAGGAUCUCCCUUCUCCUGGGAUUGGUGCUGUACCUGUUUACCUGCUUUGCACACCCUCAACAGCAAAUUUUCCUUCUGGAUAACACAUCAGAAAAAGCAAAAAUUGCAAGCGAAUUGUUAAUUUGCCAGGAUGAGAGCCCUGGGACAGACGUUUUUCCUGCUGUGCUCCUGCUCUUUUUUCUGAGGAGCCUGAACAAGUUUUCCAGCCAGGAGAGCCCACCUUAGCACAAAGAGCCACCCCUCAGUCCCACAGUUAUUUACACCUCGGCCCUUGGCUGCAGAGGAGUGUCCUGAGAGCCCAACAGGACCACAGCCUUCAGCACACAUCCCUCUGCGCACUCCAGGUGCACACACAGCACACACCGGCCUCAAACUCCUCCCUGCUGACUCAGUGACCUUCUGGAAUGCCACAAAAGAAGGAAUUCCACCCCAACUGGAAUUUCCUCCCCCUCCCUGCCUUCAGGGCACUGCUGGGCAAAGGCAGGGCUCCCUCUCUGGCCUGCUGGAUUCAGUCUGACUCCUCUGAGCUCUCCUCCACCGUGGAAUUACAACUGAAAUUGCUCCAGACCAGGAGCUGUCCCAAAACACGUGAGCUAAAGACUUCCCUGCAACCACUGCUGUGGUAUCCAACACCAAAUUAGUGAUUUCAAGGUUCUUCUGAUCACCUAACACAGCUAAUGAGGGCAGGAAAAUGAAUUUAAAAUUAAUAAAUUUAACAUAAUGGACUCAUUUGCCAAUGCCAAGUUUUAGAGGUUCACAAAGUACUGAGCUUCCCCAGGACAUGGAUUUCAAACCAGUGGCCAAAACCAGUGGGUCAGAAAGGGAAAAAACCAGAGUUGCUGGCAGUGCUGGAAGCAAUGACUGCCCUGAGUUACAACCUAAACUCAAGGAGAACCUGAGGCCCUGUGAAUAUGGCAUCAGGUUACAUUUCAUAAGCAAAAAGAUCCACGGGAAGAGCAUUAAAAUUGUUCCUACCUGUCCUUUCACAAAGCAAGACCGUUUUUCCAUUAAGCAAAUGUUUUUUGAAUUAAAAAGAUAACACUUCACUCAGUUGGAAAAGAAAAAGAUGAGAUCUGCUAAAUUUCCCUAGGCCAAGCAACACUAAACAAAACAAAAGAAAGCAAAACUUUUCAGUUUGGUUCAAAAAGAACCUUUCAUUCCACUUUUUCACCAUUUUCAACAAUCUACAAUAUUCAUUUUGUCUCUCUUCAAACAAAAAGCCAAUUCAGCUUUGAAAACCGUAUAUUCUGGUGUCCCAAGCUAACACAUAAAUGCAUUUCUCUUCCCCUGUGCCCGAAUAUAUAUUAGAAUAGAAACAUCCAAACUCACUUUUCCCGGGAACCUGCAGAAUUCUGUGCCAGCAGUUCAGCAUUGCCUGAUGAAAACCCCACAGAUUUCCAGUGGGUUCUGCCUGCUUGGAUUUUCAAUUCCUCUUCCCCCAGCUCCUCCCUGCUCUGGCAUCUGGGGCAGUUGUUUCCACUGGGCAGCACAGGGAGGGUUUCACACUUCACCUUUCUGGGAGCUGCAGUAGGAGCCUUUGGGUGCUGCUGUGUCAGAGCUCAGGACACCAGGAAGCACCAACUCUGCUUUCCCUGGUGGUGUCUGAGCAGUGACACAGAGCUUUGCUCAAAUCCAGAGCUGCAACAGGCUGCCUGUGCUGUGUCACUUCCUCAGCUCAAGCACAGUGGUCCCAUCUUAACCACAGUGAGGAGCGAGAAGAACAACUCCCCGUCCUGCCCUGCUCAUCCCCUGCUGGACACAAAUCUGUUCCUAACACCGAGUAUUCUCCACACUCCUCAGGAGUUUCAUGGGGAAAGUGGCACUGGAGGAAGUGUCCCUGGAGUUCUCACACAGUCACAGGAUGGCCUGGGCUGGAAGGGACCUUCCAGCUCAUCUCAUCAUGAGAGUGUUGCUCACUCCCAGUUGGUGCUUCCUGCUGCUUCUGUUCCGCUGUGGAGCAAAACCCAGAGCUCCAGGAUCAGCAAAUUCCUGACUGGAAGCAGCAGAGAGGACUGAGAAGAUCUCAGUCUCAACUCUCCAAUUGCAGAUUCUCAGAGAUCUACCCUUCCACAUCAGGCAGCAGCCAAGGGGUGAUGGGAGAAAAAUAAAUGGCAACAGAGGGGCACAGGAAAACGGGAACGUGGUUCUCAGAAACUCAUAGUCCAUCCCCCGACCUCUGCUGCCUCACAGGGGCUGGGAUUUUCCCCUCUAGCUGUGAAGUCUGCAGGGCAGUUCCCUUAUUUCACCAGCCCAAAGGGAACUAAAUAACUCAAACCCAGGAAGAUGACAAAGUGAAGCAAAACCCCAACACCAACACCAGGCCUCAGGGAAUUGACCCUCUGGGAACAGCAACACUGCCUGGGCAUACCUGGAGCAGGAGCUGUGGGUGUUGAGGGGUUUUACGUCCUGUGAAUGGGGCAAGAGGAACAGGGUGAGUUAGAAACAUGAGCAACAACUGGUCCCACUGUAAAACCGUCCACAAAACAGGUGAAAGGGAGAUUCUCUCCCCAGUCAUGCUGCAAGAAACCAUAAAGCAGCUUUUUGGCUGCGAUUCUGUGAUCUCUCCUCUCCUUCAACCUGCAGAACAACUGCAGAAAUCACAGUUUCUCCCAAAGAGAGAAAGCUGGAGGGAGACUCCUGGCUCACAGGGAAAGAGGAGAUCCCCCCACUCUCUUCCAGGAUUCUCCAGCCUCCAAAACCACAGUGAUCUCCCUGUACAAGUUUGUCCCUGAAGGUCCAAAUGUCAUCUCUCACCCUACUGCUCCAACAGAGCACUUAAGCUUGUUCUUUAGAACUAAAACACAAAAGUAAGCACUUUCCUGGGCUGUAUUUACAGAGUUAAUAAAGCCACUGAGCCACAUCCCUGUUUUCCUUACAAUUCCCCUACAAACACAUUUAAUGUGAUUUUUGACUGAAGACUUGAUUUCAUUCUCUCCCUGUUUCUACAGAACUUAUCUACCAAAUGGAUGAGCUGAACGACGAGCUGCUAAAGAAGAUCACAAACAACAAAAUUCAGCCUCCCCACAGGAAUUUCAAAGUCGAAAAGCCUCAGCAAGUUUUUGUGCCCCUCACCUUUGAAUCCAGCACUGAAGAAGUCAAAGCCUGGCUGGAGGCCAAGUCAUUCAGCAAAGAGACCGUGGAACACCUGGGCAUCCUCACCGGAGCUCAGCUCUUCUCCCUCAACAGAGAGGAGCUGAAGAAGGUGUGUGGUGAUGAGGGAAACAGAGUCUACAGCAAGAUCACGGUGGAGAAAAACCAGCUGGAGAAAAGCAGAGGAGAGUCAGAGUUCCAAGAAAUCAUGAAGCGCCGCCAGGAAAGGAUCGAUUCUGCUAAUUAAAGUCUCUCUGCUUUAUUUCAGCUCUUAGCCCUAAGUAGUGCAGAAAAAAAGGGAACGAAAGCAAAGAUUGCCGGCCCAGGCCGGGGCAGCAGAGCUCCCCUCGGGGUCCAGCUGCCAUCAGAGUGACAAUUCCUUCAACACUGUUGGGAAGGGUUGGCAAUAAGACCACGUCCCACUGGGAGAGGUGUUUUAA